GUUUUUCAGUGUUCACCUUUUUAAUGGGGCUAAAGUCUGAAUGAGGUGUGGUAGAACUUAAUGCAAGCUGUCGUCUGGCAGGUACUCAAACUGCAGCUUUCCUCUCUUACUCUACAAGUACAUUUUUCAGGACUACAUUUUAAAUGUCAAGUUGUGGAAAAUGAAACUGAUUAUUCUUGAUGAUUAUGACAAGGCGAGUGAAUGGGCAGCUAAAUAUAUCAGGAACAGAAUUGUUCAGUUUAAUCCAGGGCCAGACAGAUUCUUCACUUUAGGACUUCCCACAGGAAGUACCCCACUAGGAUGCUAUAAGAAACUGAUUGAGUUCUUUAAAAAUGGCGAGAUCUCAUUUAAGUAUGUUAAAACCUUCAACAUGGAUGAAUAUGUGGGAAUUCCCAGAGAUCAUCCAGAAAGUUACCAUUCCUUCAUGUGGAAUAACUUCUUCAAACACAUCGAUAUUCGCACAGAGAAUGCCCACAUUCUGGAUGGCAAUGCUGCCAAUCUGGAGGCAGAGUGCCAGGCUUUUGAAGACAAGAUCAAAGCUGCCGGAGGAAUCCAGCUUUUCGUUGGAGGUAUUGGGCCUGAUGGCCACAUUGCCUUCAAUGAGCCGGGCUCCAGUCUCGUGUCUCGCACCAGGGUGAAGACAUUGGCCCUGGAAACCAUCCUGGCCAAUGCCCGCUUCUUUGAUGGUGACCUGUCCAAAGUUCCCACUAUGGCCCUGACCGUGGGCGUGGGCACUGUCCUAGAGGCCAAGGAGGUGUUGAUCCUCAUCACAGGAGCACACAAGGCAUUUGCCCUCUACAAAGCCAUUGAAGAGGGUGUAAAUCACAUGUGGACAGUAUCAGCGUUCCAGCAGCACCCGCAGACAAUCUUUGUGUGUGACGAGGAUGCCACCCUGGAGCUACGUGUAAAAACUGUCAAGUACUUCAAGGGAAUGAUGCAGAUGCACAACAAACUGGUGGAACCCCUCCAAACAGACAUGGCUGAGAAACCAUACAGUGACUGAGAUGCAUACGGUUUGGGACACCUAUUAUGAACAGUACUAAAAGUACAUAACCAAAUAAUUAUAAUUCAGUAUUGCUCACCUCAACAUUUUUACUAUACGCCUUGUUACUGCAUGUAAUUCUGUCAUUGAGGCCUUACCAAUUGUUCAUGGCAUGUCAUCGAAUCAAUAACUGGUGUCAUAUUCCAACAUACUAUGCAGAUUAGCCUACAUACUGUAGACUUUGGAUGUAUGACUCUUCAUUAGUUAAAUAAUUUCAUUAAAUAAUAAUUUACAGUUUAUCUACACAAGCAUGCACCAUAAAAUGGAGUUUUACCAAAACCUUUAAAAAAAUAAAAGUAUUACUUGACUGCUGCUGUAUUUUUGCAUUAAUUUUUUAAUUUUAUUUGGUUGAAUCUGUAGCUGGACAGCAGCAUGGUCCUGCAGUGUCUUGGCAAUAGAGCACAGCCAUAACUUAUUUCUGCGCCCGUUUUUGUUGCACUGAUAUCAAUACCAAAAAGAUAUCGCUUUCUUUUCUGGGUGUAAAUGUGGUAUGACAACUAUCACAAAGCAUAAGAUCCCAUUCAAAAACAUCCUUUUCUUGAAAUAGUAACUAAUUGAUAUGUAUUUAACAUCUGUGUGUAAUUAUUCAAUGAAUACAACAGUCAAACAAUGACUGUGGUAAGAAAGUGAAAUAAGCACAUAAAUGGAAAAGCGCAUUUAUUAUAUGAAUGAUUUCUCAUCUUAACUGUGUUAUAAGCGAUUACAAUAAACUUACCAUUUUUUCUGUACAAUAGCAUUAACAUCAUACCUAUCAGAGUACAAAUGUAAAAGUUUUUAAAAGUACCACACACA